CAUCAUCCUUCCUUUCAGCAUCAAUCGCCGCCCGAUAUGCUCUGUCCCUCAUCGUAAGCAGAAGCAGCUCACUUGGCAGUAGCAUGGAGGAUCAGAUAUCCAUCUCAGUGCGUUCAUCGGGAGACUCGCCCGAAUUUUUGCCCCCUCCAAGGCGGGCACCAGCACCUCGAGAUGGACGCAUUUCCAACACCUCAAGACGACGUCAAUUCGUCGAUGCCACGAGCGACUUCUGGCAGACGUGCUCGCAGUUAGCUCUCGGUCAGAUGGUCCACCCUCCUACAUUCACACUCCUUGAUACCAUGGCCUGCAUCUCCAUCGGUGAUCCCAGAAUGGACUCGGGCAUACAUCCUCUUCCCUCCAGUCUCGUCCCGGAAGCCGAUCGCAGAGACGAUACUGCAGCCUCUUCUUCGGCUACUUUCAAUCCGUAUUCUUCUCUGACAGCUCAGGAUGUAGCUUGGAUCAUGGAUCGUUUGACUGCCUGCGAGGCCGCCUUCCACAAAUCAGCUCCCCUUUCACAGACCCUCUACACUUGCCUCUACUUCCAUGACAUAGAAGCCCUCUCACCCCGCACAAAUCCCACCGCUCAACCUCUAGCAUCUCCAAACUCGCCUCACCCAGCCUUCGCCCAGCUCGUCCUCCAAGCCUACCUCGUCGCAACGGUCAAAUGCUUUGGUCUCGUCUGGUCGGAGCUGGCCAAAGGCAACAUACACGAGGGAGAAGACGCUGUGACAGAUACAUGCGGCAAGUCGCUCUUCGAGCAUAUAUCGACGAAUCAGACCCUUCAUCACCUUAAGGCAGCGGAUGCUUGGUUGAGGCACUGCCGAGCAACUUUGACGGCUUCUGGGCAGAGUAAGGAGCCCAUCGAUGGACUGAUUCACCGUCUGAGCUUUCGUAGAAAAGUCUUCAUGCUCCUCACCGUCUUCAAUCAGCAGCUCGCCCCUGAAGGACAACAGCAUGACCUGGAAGGCAGAUCAUCUCCGGACGACUUCGCUUGCAUGGUUCGCGAUUUGACCCAAGAGCUUACCCAAAAGCUUGAUAUACUCAAACACCCUGCCCUGCACGGUGCCGUCUCGCUGAAAGCGGCCCCCUCAAGAGUUGCCGCAGCUUCUUUUGACCCGUCAUAUGGCCGUCGAUUGCAGAACGCAGGAGGUGUUCCACCGAGGCCCAUCGAUUUGCCUUCCAAGGAGGAAAUCCUGGAGCUCUGGCACCGCAAUCGAUGUCACUGGGCGCAGGCGGGCUUAAUCUAUGCUUCUAGACCCGCAUCGACGCAACGCAAUUCCUGGGAUAUGAUCAGCACAUUCACUUGCACCCUCGGAGCCCUCUUCAUCGAGCAACCCAGCACGGCAUUCGACCGCUCCCUCUUUCAAUCCUGCCUUCUUCCUCCUGGUGCCGAAGACUCAGACCUCUUCCUCCAGUCACUCCUCAGUAUCGCCGGUAUCGACCUCGACCUCUGGACCAGUCGCGUCGCUCGGAUCACCGACCCGCAUGCGCACGGCAGGCUCAUGCAAUGGCUCAACAAGGGGGAGAGUCUCGUUGGCAAUGUGAUCCUUGAGACGAUGGCCAACCGUCCGCGCGCCAAGCGGUCUUUGCAUCGAUCGUACGCACAGUGGGCGAGCUUUGCGGCUGAAACGGAGCUGCUCGAGCCUGCGUGGGCGGAACUCGAGCUCGGCCCUACUUUCCUUUCCAACAUCUUGCACAUAGAAAGGCUCAACAUCGCCCAGCAGAUCAUAAUGGCCGGCUUUGACCUGCAGCUCUACUCUGCGACCGAGCGUUGUAUGGCUUACUGGCUGGGCGAGCAUCUUGGUAGCGAGCGACGCCAGCUUCGUGAAAAGGUGGAUGAGAUGCUAGAGGCCGUUGGCGCCGAGAUCGGCGAUCUUCGGCCUCUUGCAGACGAUUGGAUACGAGCCUGCUGCGCCGCUUGGAAGUACCUUGUGACUCCUCCUCUCGGCCCUAUCGCAAGCAGCAGCACGGCCCCCUGGACUGAUACAGAGGAGCACAGUAGGGACGUUUUUCGACGUCGCUUCAAGUGGCUGAGAGGGGUACCUACCCUGACCCUCGAUGGACGCCGCGGGGACAGAUUCGCUGCCCUCGAUGCUUUGUGGCAGCAAUUUCGCUCCGAUCAACUCGAGACGCUCGCUGCCGCCCCAUCUACUUCAGCAAUGCAGGCUGUGGCCCACCUCCAGGACGCCUCGCGGCAGAUUGGCUGCACGGUUGAGAGUAUGCGCGGGGACAGAUGGACUUUGUGCAGAGAGGAAGCGGAAAUGCUGUAUCUACGUCUCGCAUUCACCAUUCGGGAAACGAUGCGCCGUCUACUGCCUAUAGCAGGCAAAGAAUUCUCCUCAGACCAGCCUUUCACAGAGGGCAUGUUCUGCGAGAAGCAUCAAGCACCACAUCCUUGGUUUCCACUCCUCCAGCAACACAUACCACCCCUCAUCUCGUAGCAGUAGACGAAGUAGGAGAGCGCUCAGGGUAAUGCAUUUGUCGAUCACAGCAAUUCCGGCGCGGAGGAACAGCCGCAUACAAUAGCUUUCCUUUUGAUUGAUGAGAACAGCUGCUUACAAGCGCAGGUGCUUAUGGACUGUCUUUGAUGAAAAGCAGGGCCCGUAGAUUAGAUGAAGCUGGGAAUGGCGGGCCCACGACAAAUGCAC